AUGUCUUGUUUCAUGCUGGUUCUCCAGCUCACCUUAGUGCUAGCUAGCUCCUCCCAGUCCCAUCAAAAACAGCAAACAUGUAUAAUUCCUAACCCCUUUCUUCCACUUCAGCCAGACAGCUGCAUACCUACGCAGACUAUUCCCUUGGAACGUCCGAGGUCGACGUAUCGAACUGUGUCGCCAGUAAAGAAGUGGAAGUCAACUGGCCUUUGUCGUGGAGUCCGAGCUGACAAAUUUUGUGUGUUUACUCAUGCAUCCUUCAACAAUGGCGAAGGGGUUUCUGUAAUCACGACUGGAAACAGCAUCUCAACAAUUGCAACUCGACCGGCUUUCAAGGAUGAGAAUGGAGGAGCAGUGCCAAGCUCGACCGUCCCCUACCAGGAGGUCGAAAUUGAAGGCAAAGGUAUUGGUUUAGUUGCAACAAGAAUGAUUAGAGCGGGAGAACUCAUAAUGGCACUCACGCCUGGCAUUAUGGUGAAUGAAAACGCCAUCCAAAAGUUAGGGAGGAAAACCGUAUCAGAAUUGCUCAUUGGUGCAGUUGAUGAGUUGCCCUCUCAACAUAAGGAAAGCUUGCUCAACCUAUCGACACAUAGUGCCGCAAGCGAUUAUGGCGACAAGAUUUAUAGAAUUUUGCAGACCAACUCGUUCCGGACCGGCUACCACGAUGGAGACAAUCCAUUUUAUUCUUUAUUUACCGAAGUAUCGCGGCUCAAUCAUGAUUGCCGACCGAAUUGCGCUUAUUACUUCGACCAUCUCGACUUCCACCAGAAGGUGAUCGCUGUGCGGGAUAUCAUGGCUGGGGAAGAGCUUACAAUAGCCUACUACGACCCUAUUCAGAUCCAAUCUGUAAGACAGGAAAAGUUGCACAAGGAAUGGGGAUUUCGCUGCGCAUGUAAGCGUUGCACGGCGGACGCAUCAUCAAUAGCCGAGUCAGACUCAAGGGUUGAGCAGAUAAUCGUACUUCGGAAAGAAUUAGAUGACCAUUCGGCAACAUCAAAAGCGUCGCCAGAAAAGGCAGAGCUUCUUGUGUCGCUAUACGAAGAAGAGGGCAUUCUAACCCGCGUAAACGAAGCAUACUACAGGGCGGCGAUCGAAUAUAUAGGGGUGGGCGAUAUCGAAAAUGCUGAGAAAUAUGCUAGACUAUGCAUUGAUCAUGGCCGAAAAUUUAUAGGGUCUGAUCGUCCACUCGUCGAAGAUAUGCAGGAACUCAUCGCGAAUCCAACGGGGUAUUCAAAAUGGAAGUUUCGUUUAAAAAGCGGUUAA